AUGCCCACGCCCUCAUCCAACGAGACCGAUCGGCAGUCGCCGCGCUCUUUCCCCUUCUCAUCAUGUCCCGAUCCUGAGGAGCAGUUCCAACCCCUAGAACAAUCGUCACAAACGCAACCGCCGAUGGCGCCCUCGACCGACUGGCACCCGCUCCCGUCCUCUGCGGACCCACGCGAUCUUGUAUCGCAACCAAACACGAGCAUGAACAGUGAUCCCACAACGUCGCGAUCGGCCACCCUAUCUCCGAGACCCGAGCAAGAGGCUGGCCGUGAUGUGGAUAUGGACCGAGAGCCUGAGGGCAUGUUGAUUGCACAAGACGACGAAAACCACAAGCGACCAGAUAUGGAGGAAGACGCUCUUACAAUGCCCGAUGUGGCUUCGCGGAGGGAGAAUAUCAACAGUGGUGCCGUCCCGCCUGAUGGCAGCGAAAUGCCAGGAACAACGUCUAGCGAUGCGCUGAGCAGGCGACAACCAACCGAAUGCUUCCCGCCGGCCAUGGGAGAAGUCCAGGAGAUGGAUGCCUGGGGUCCACUGGCGAAAAGCCCCCGGUGGGUGGAAGACUGUGGUCUGGUCGGCUUAGGCCAUGAAUAUACACACAUAAGGGUCAUACCAACACCGCCAUCUUCUUUCUUGCGACCUGGGAGCCGGUUUGAGGGGACACAGCAGUCGGAGCGGCAGCGGUAUGAUGUCGAGGUUGAAAUCAAGCAUGUGGAUUUGCGGGAAUCGUUUCUAUGUGGUUAUUUGAAGAUUCAAGGUUUGACCGACGACCACCCGACCUUGACAACGUACUUUGAAGGCGAGAUUAUCGGCACGAAAUAUGGCUUCAUCACACAGCACCCGGCAUGGGGAGCCACGGAAAAGAUUGAUCUCAACCAUUGGGCCAAGUUCACCGCCUUCCGGCCGUUUGCUAAGCAGGCCCGUAAGGGAGGGCAAAUCCUGAUUGAUGUGGCGCAACGAGAGAACAUAUUCAUGCGGUGGAAGGAGCACUUCCUGGUCCCCGAUCACCGUGUUCGGACGAUCAACGGGGCAAGUUUUGAGGGGUUUUACUAUAUCUGCUUCAACCAGAUACGAGGGGAAGUGAGCGGGAUCUAUUUUCACAGCAAGAGCGAGAAGUUCCAGCAGCUAGAGCUGAGACACGUGGACGACAAGGGGUGUUAUGGCGCCAUGGAGUUCAGAUGA